AAUCACCGAUUCAACAGACGACAACUUUCUUUUCUGCGCGUCUCCUGUCUAUAUUGAUCUCGUACAUCACCGGGUUGUUGUGCACUCGCACAGUUGAGCUAGUCGCAGAAGAAUGAGUGGAUGGAACCUGAGGUUUCCCGAUUCAGUAUGCAGUCCUCCUGGAGGAGGCCGAAUUUGUCUCUACUUUUGUUUAUUAUCUCUUCACUGUCCAACUCCCCAUGUUCUAUCAUUUGGUCAUUGUCUGACCUCUUUGUCACCUUUCCCUUCUCUGCUGGGACCACAGAGUCUUCUGGUCACAUUUGACCCCUUCAUUUCUAAUACCCCCGGUUACGAGGCCGUUGACAGUGGUCAUGUUUUAUCUUUGUCCCAUAUUGUACCACUACGUUGCAGCUUCUACAUUUUCUUUUUGCGGUUAGAGGCCGCCGAAUGCAUGUCAUUUUUAUUCUUCGUUUCUCUUUUUUGUCUGAUACGGUGGCAGCGAGCUAGAUCUCUUGGCAUUUCUUCAGGAGCAUGGUCCGGUCAUACAGUUCCUCUCGGAUCAUCUGUUCCCAUAGCGACGAUUAGAAGUGAAAAGACCUAGUGUCGAACAUCGAGCGGUGACAUGGCGAUAAUAGCGUUACUGCACAGUGCACGGUAUAUGCCACUCCAUACUAUCAAACUUUCUACUGUAUCCAUUUCACCGCCCAGCAUGAGCAUUAGCAUAGCAUAGCCGCGUAUAUCCUACCAGCUUACAAUGUACAUACUUGAAAACCAAA